AUGCAGGCGCGCCCAGAUCUGAGUAAGCAUUUUGUCUCGUAUCCAAUGGAAGAGCGGUCGGUACGUUAUGUUCUUGAUGACACCGAAGAAGAUGAGGAUCGCGCGAUGGUACCCGUCAAUAGUUGCCGGCCUUUCCACGUGGAAACCUUUUGGAAAGUAAAUUUAAUUUCGCUUGUUCGUUAUGAGCGCGAACGAGCGAUCGCCGCUGCUAAAGAAGCGGAUCGCAUUCAAAAUCUGUUUCUACGUAAGGCAGCCAUGAAGGAAAGAGACCUACGCAUGAAUUUCCAGCGGGCAUUGCAUGCGCACGAUCCCCCCUUGUGCAAUGGCUGUGGUGAUACUUCGUUGGAGGCUAGAAUGCUUACGGCAUUCUAUAUCGAAGCCCGCGAUGAGGCUGACCAGCAGGAAGAAUUGAAUAGGAGGCAGUUACGGGAGCUGGAGGCCUGGGAAGUGAAUGUUGGCGACACUUCGACUAACGUGGAGGAAUUCAUUUGUUUUCUACACGCAUAUGAGUACGUGCAUAGCACCGAGGUGAUUGCGUUCAAGGAUUUCGUAGAGAGCGGUGUCCGCAUUGGACAGAUUGAGGGUCACCUACCCUUUGAGCCGAUUGAAAUUGGAGAAGGGGACCUCCCCGAGCCAGAGUUAUGA